ACGUGACACCAAUUUUACCGGCAUCACGUGACCUUCUGGCAGCUUGCCCUCCGUGCUUGAGGGUUUUUAAAGAUGCUGCCCUGUCUGUUAAUGUCACCAGUUAGACAGAAGAGACGAUAAACAAAGGACACAACAAGGUUGGAUAAGACCAGCAAGGGCCCCAUCUGUCUCCAAGUGGCAGCACGUACUCCUGUGGACAGGAUGGAGAACGAUGCUGAAUCCAGAAAGCUGAACGGCCAGCCUGAGGGUUCCACAGCCCUUUCAAAACCAAGAGAGAGCAUGCAGCUCAAAAAGGAAAUCUCUCUCCUGAACGGCGUCAGCCUCAUCGUGGGAAACAUGAUUGGCUCAGGCAUAUUUGUGUCGCCAAAGGGCGUUCUGAUGUACAGCGCCUCUUAUGGACUGUCUCUUGUUAUCUGGGCCAUUGGUGGCAUCUUUUCAGUAGUGGGUGCUCUCUGUUAUGCAGAGCUGGGCACAACAAUCACUAAGUCUGGUGCCAGCUACGCCUACAUCCUGGAGUCGUUUGGAGGCUUCAUAGCAUUUAUACGUCUGUGGACAUCGCUGCUUAUCAUUGAACCGACAAGUCAGGCUGUAAUUGCCAUAACUUUUGCCAACUACUUGGUUCAGCCACUCUUCCCCACCUGUGAGCCUCCAUAUUCUGCUUCUCGGAUUAUUGCUGCUGCCUGUAUUUGCCUGCUGACCUUUAUUAAUUCCGCUUAUGUCAAGUGGGGUACCAGGGUGCAGGAUGUCUUCACUUAUGCCAAAGUUCUGGCCCUCAUCGUCAUUAUCAUCACAGGGAUAGUGAAACUGUGCCAAGGUUUCACAAUGAACUUUGAGGAUUCUUUCCAAGGCUCAUCUCGUGACCCAGGAGAUAUCGCUUUGGCCUUGUACUCGGCUCUUUUCUCGUACUCAGGCUGGGACACACUUAACUUUGUCACAGAAGAGAUUAAGAACCCUGAAAGGAACCUUCCUCUCUCCAUUGCAAUCUCAAUGCCGAUUGUUACAAUCAUCUACAUCCUAACAAACGUGGCCUAUUAUGCUGUGCUGGACAUGAGUGCCAUCCUCGCCAGUGAUGCUGUCGCUGUGACGUUUGCAGACCACACUCUGGGAGUGAUGAGUUGGACUAUCCCUAUUGCGGUUGCUUUAUCCUGUUACGGAGGUCUUAAUUCUUCCAUCAUUGCUGCAUCCAGGUUGUUCUUCGUGGGAGCUCGAGAAGGUCAUCUUCCAGAUGCUUUGUCUAUGAUUCACGUGCAGAGAUUCACACCGGUUCCAGCUCUGCUAUUUAAUUGUGCCAUGGCUCUGAUUUAUCUUACAGUGGAGGAUGUUUUCCAGUUGAUUAACUAUUACAGCUUCAGUUACUGGUUUUUCGUUGGCCUGUCUAUUGCCGGGCAGAUCUACCUUCGCUGGAAAGAGCCAGACAGGCCCCGACCACUGAAGUUGAGUCUGCUGUAUCCCAUCAUCUUCUGUAUGUGUGUUGUGUUCUUGGUGGCUGUGCCACUGUAUUCUGACACACUCAACUCACUCAUCGGAAUUGCUAUUGCCCUCUCUGGAGUGCCUGUUUACUUCUUGGGUAUCUAUCUUCCAGAGUCCAAGCGCCCGCCCAUCAUCACUAAACUGUUGUGUGCCAUCACCCGUUUCACCCAGUUCACCUGCUUUUGUGUGCUCACGGAGUUAGACACCGUUGAUUAAAACACUUGCACCCAUUUGACACAAACCCACUGGUAUGGGGAGAGGAAACCAAUAUCUGGAGAAACUGGAAAAAUAUCUUCCAAACUUUUAAAGACACAGAUGCACUCUUAAUGUCACUGCGUUGGAUUCUUCUUUUUCUUAAUUAUAAAAGGGUUCUGUUAAGGUCAUGGUGCACUGAAUAUUAGAGAUAUGACCUUAAGAACUAUAUGACGUGAAAAUGAAGGCCAUUUCAAAGCUCUGGGUCAUCAUGGUACCGGAGAGAUCAUGACGCAAACACCAACUGUAUGUCCAUCAGAGAAAUGAGUACAUAAACAGGAUGCAGUGGUUUGGGUAUGCCAUUAUGAAGAACAUGGCCAAGAAUUUGAUGAUGUUUAUGUAACAUUUUUGCCCCCCUGCCGCCUUUUUUUUUUUUUUUUUUUUUAAUCAAACGGUUUUUAUUUUAGAAUCUGUUUUUUUAAAUGUCUGUCAAUUUAUUUAUCUCCUUUUUAUUUAAGCAAAGGAGAUUUUAUUUUUUCAUCUUCCUUCCUGGGAUUUACUUUGGCACAAUUAUGUCAGUCCUCUUCAAGUAUUUAAAGUGUUCCGUCUCAGUCCUGUGUAAUUGCCCACAUGCCUUAGCUGGUUUUUAGAGGGAAGGUGAUUGUAUGCAUUUGAACAUUCAAAUCUGCUGCUAUGCUUCUUUACAUAUAGUGAAGCAUCACAUGUUCACUUGUGGAAGAAGUUAGGAAAGAAUAAAGAUGAACAGGAUUCAUACACACCAAUAAAUUUCCAUGAAUUUUUCAUGACUUUUGAGUCAUGACCUAAUCUUCGAUUAUUUUACAAAUAUGUCAUGUAAAAUAAGAAUAACAAUCUAUUAUCGGUUCUUGAAUUCUGUUUACUUCAAUUUAAACUGGGAAAAAAGUGUCCCAAUUAAUUUAUAUUACAAUACUAAGUCUAAGAGUCACAGAAAUUGCUCUUGAAUCAUUCAGUUAUCAUAAAAUCAUCCAAAGUGUCUAUUGGCCAGACAAGGAAUAUAUUGUUACUGGUGAAAAUCCCAGUAAUCUCAUUAUGGAAGUCCAGAUGUGAUUCUGUUGUAGCAUGAAAAACACUGAACAGCUUUCCAAAUAUUGUCAUUUGCAUUUGUGUACAAGUUUUUAUUAAUUUAUUUGAAAUAAUAUCAGUAAAACAUAUACACACACGCACACAUAUACUAGACAAGAACUGAUUGAAUAAAUAAUUUACGGGAUUUUCAGUUUAA